UGCUGUACAAGAAGGGUGACCGGUCCAACUAUAACACCUACAGGGGGAUUUCGCUACUAUCUCACGUAGGCAAGGUUCCCAUCAAGAUCAUCACCAACCGUCUAAGCGCCUUCUGCGAAGCCAACAACAUCCUCCCGGAGAAACAGUGCGGAUUUCGACCCGGGCGAUCCACCGUCGACAUGCUGUUCGUCGUGCGCCGCCUCCGGAGCUGGGGCGGAGAAAGAAAAUACCGCUCUACAGGUGCUUCGUCGACUUGAACAAGCCGUAUGAUUCGGUGGACCGAGAGAUGCUAUGGAAGGUGCUGGCCAGGGCCGGGAUUCCCGCGAAGCUGAUCGAAGUCAUCCGCCAAUUCCACGAUGGAAUGCGGGCCCGGGUGCGCAUGGACGACGGCGAACUAUCGGACUGGUUCUUCAUGACACAGGGCGUGCGACAAGGAUGUGUGCUAUCCCCACUGGUGUUCAACAUCUUCUUCGCCGAGGUCCUCGAGGUCGUUGUCAUCCGAUUCAGCGAGGAUGAUGUUGUUCUGCGGAGCCUGGUGUGCUUGGAGGAGGGGAAGACGGAAGCGGGGGAGGGGGAGGAGACACCCCUUGACCGAGUACGGAGGACAGUAUGGGGGAUGCUGUGUGCCGAUGAUGUCGGCGUCGAAUCGGGGUCUGCAGAAGGACUGGCGAGAAUGAGGACCAUCAUCGUUGAGGUGUUCGGGGAGUUCGGGCUAAUGGUGUCGGAGAAGAAGACGGAGACGCUCCUGAUGCGCGCGAAGGACAAGCCGACUACAACAUCACAGCCCGCCCCGCCUCCACCACUGACCAUCGAAGCCGCGGGACAGAAAUACGCCCAGACGACCGAGUUCCGGUACCUCGGUGGCCUCGUCAACGAACAUGGCGACCUCACCCGGGAGAUCAACUACAGGAGGAGCAGAGCAGCGCGGGCGUGCCUCAGGCGAAAUGGCCGGGACCGCAAGCGCCAUUCCGACUCAAGAUCCGCCUGCUCCAGGCGGAGGCGAUGGAGGCACUGCUGUACGGUUGCAUG